AUGGCGGGGACCGCUGCGAAGUCUGAGGCGAAGCGUGGAACGCCUGCUGUGAUGUCUCCCCGUCCUGGUGUCUCGGACAUCCUGUUUUCCCACCCUGCAGUGCAGUCGCCUGCGCGUCAACACUUUCCUGGUUUCGGUCAGAGUCGUUCGCCUGUGAUGUCUUCUCCACACCAUUCUGGCGGGCUCGGCGCCGGCCCCGAUGAUGCCCCGCUGCCUGCGACUCCGUGCUUCUCUCUUCGCUUCGAGGUGUCGCAAGCGGACGAGCCUCAAGCUCCUGUUCAGGGCUGCCGAAAGAACCCUGCCGAUUUUGAUGCGCGCCGCCGGCCGCGAGCUCAGCAGGUCCGAGACCGCAUGCAGCAGAGGAGACAGAGACAGCAACGAGGGGCAGAAGAGAAAGCUGCGGGCGCCAAUCCUGCCUUCCCCUUGAGCGGCGCCGGAGGGCCCUGGGCGCAUUCUCAGCUUCCCGUGGGUUCUGGAGGCCACCCGCCUUCUGGUGGGGGGGUGUCUCCGAGACGUGCGGGUGGGUUGAUUCCUCCCGGCCUCGUCGAAGCAGAAGAUUCGGCGCCGCGCUUCUUCCGCGGUCCAGGACCCUCGAAUCCGAGCGACUGUGAGGGCAGCGAAGUCCACAGCACUUCUUCUUCGCCUUCUCGCAUCACGGGACCGAGAGGCCUCCCGAAGGAAAUGGUCCCACCUGGUUUGCGAACCCCGCCGUCGUUCGAGGACGGAAACGCCGUUUCAAACAGCUCGCGCACAAGUCCCGACGAAAAGGCCAGCGCAUGCGGCGUACAGAACCUCCACGUCUUUGGAUUUUCAAGUAAAAACUGUGGAAUGAGUCAUGGCAGCACUGCUCCGGGGGGCCCUGUCUUCGGAUCACCUCCGGGACGCGGCUGCAAGGCUCCGGCCCUGGGGGGGGAAUCGCCCCGGGCGUCGCCGAAUCGGACGGGCGGUGCGCGAUCCGCCGUUCCCGUCACUCCUGUGCUUCGUGGCGCUGUGACGCCGCCUUCUUUCUCGCCGGCUUCUUUGUACAAUCGCCGUACAGACACAGGAAGCCGCCCUGCAGGAGCAGUAUCGAGUGGGACACCCGAUAAACAGCAGCAACAGGGUGUAGGUUUGCGCGGUCCGGAGAGCGCACGUCACCUCGCGUUCCCCGACCUCCAGGAGCUGUACAGCGCCCUGGGCCUGCCGUGUCUGCUGCCGGAAGGAUCUCAGGUUCCUUCGGAGGUUCCCGCCGAAGCUCCGUUCCUUUCCAGUCAAUUUCUGUCCCCAAACGCACUCAGCAGGCCUGUGAAUGCGCCUCAGACAGCGGCGCGGUCUGGAGGGCAGAACACUGUCUCAGGAGACCCUGGGGGAGUUGCAGCUUUCCUCGGGUUCUCAGGUGGGCACGAGUUUCUCAACGGAGGUGGGGAGGGGGCACCCCCACCGGGCCUCCGAGCCCAAGCUUCAGGGCCUCGCGACGAGGCAGAGCGCGAAGAGAGCGCCGCAAGCUUCUUGGCCACUCUCGCAGAGGUCGGCGCGGACGCGAACGGAGCGCUGGCGUCGAGAAAGGGGAAGCUGAGCGGGGCUGCUGCCCUCGAACUUUUUCUUCGAGCCGCGGCGGCGGUCGCCGGCGGAAAGGGUGCCCAAGAGGGAGACAAGGUCGACGGCAACGCAAGACCAGACGGCUUCUGCGCACCGAACCUCAGCGCGCCGUCCCGCGGCUACGCGCCACCGGGGCCUGUGGGGGCCUCGACGCCCGCGCGGGUCAGGGGGUCGGGAGAAAAGCCCGGUGUGAGGACUGUCCAGAGUCAGUUUCAGGGUGGCCGGGAAGUCUCCACUCGAGGUGCCUCUCAUUCGAAUGGAUCGUCGUUCAUGGAGAAGCGGCCGGGUGCCUAUGGGAGCUCGCCUCUUUGGCCGAGAGUCUGUGUCCAUGGGGUUCCUGGUGCUCAUGCAGACGAGAAGGGCUCUGAGUCGUCGGGACGCGCACCGGAGGACCAAUUGCACAAGGCUUGGGAGCAUCUCGGCAAGGGCCGACAAGAGUGUUCUGCCGAUCACUCUGGGUUGGCAAUUCCGUCACCAGAGGCCCGCGAGGCUGCCUCGACCUCGACGGGGAGUCGGGGGAGACGGUCCAAGGCGUCGUUCGUGGCGAACACCCCAGAUGUCUCGCGCUCGGGCAGCCGAGCUUCUGUGGUGAGUCCCGAUUUCGUUUUGAGGGGAGGCGCCACCAGGCCGAUGGUGCGCGUUGGAAGCAACUCUAUCUUCUCCAACAGAUCCGAGCGGAGCAUGACGUCGCCGUCGAGCUCGCUGGCAUCUCCGACCUCGCGGCCGGGCCCCGGAGUCUGGACAGUCUGCCAGGGGUCUUCCCCCGGGGCGAAGAGCACGUGGAGCACGUCGUCUGACGCCGGGAACACUGGCGGCAAUAUCAGUCAGUCCAGCUGGGGCAGCAUAGUAAGCAACGCGCCCAGCAUGAGCGCAUGCAUUUCGACUCUGGGCAUUCCCGUGACUGGCAGCUCGCCGUGGAGUCCUGCUUCGUCUAGGGGCUGUGCGGAUCUCCACACCAGCGCGUCGGCGAGUUCUUUCGGACUGUCGAGGGCGGAGAACGGACCUCAGUGCGGCGCGGGUACCAGUCGCGCCCGAAAGGGUAUUCGAUUGGGCGAGGUCCCUGCUGCUGGCUCGCGGCCGUCUGCCAAGACCCGGAGCGCUUCUUCCGGUACGCUCCUGCCAGGUGGUCGCCCCAAGAGGUCCGCGUCUCAACAGCGUCGCGGCAAAAAGGGGUCUGCGCUGUUGCACAAAGCUCACGGGCACGGCCCGGGGGAGAAGGCUGAGGGAAAGUGUGACUUGAGCUCGCGACGGGAAAGACGCAGUGCAAGCUGCGAUGCAGAUCUCCUUUGUCUGUACAGUGAAGAGGCGAACGCUAGAGCGGCGACGCCGGGACUCGGCGGUUGCGGCAUGCGUCACGAUGGCGAGACUCAGGCACAAGGAAGCUCUUACCGUUCUCGGAAGUUGUGUUCGGACCAUGCCCCGCGUAAAGGGAAACAGGAUGUCGCCGUCGCCAGUGGCGCGACAAAGAAGGCUUUGGGAGUGCCGAAGUGUCUGGAUCAGUUAAUCCAGGUGGUCGACGCGCAAGGCGUCGCGCCUUUGCUUCAGCGCCCUGGGGCCGAGACGAGUUUCGGAGAGGUUCUCUCGACCCUGUCACAACAGGACGAGUCGAGUCUCUUUGCGUCGACAUCGCUGAACAUGGAAGUUGCGAAUCUAACCGGCGGCAAAACGAAUUUGGCGUCGGCGAGCGGCGUCUCCCUCUCGAAUCAAGGGUCGGCGGGCUUCCGGAGCUCCAAGGAGACUUCAGUCGGUUCCAUGCAGCAGCUGAUGUCGCCGAAGAAGUCGAGUGUGAAUGCUGGCGGAGGCGGUGGAGGCCCUUCGCGGUGUUGUUUUACCCUGCCCGAGACCUCAGCGCCGGGGUCCCAUCCGAAUGGGCCACCUGCGGCCUUCGAUGCUCCUUCUCCAACUGCGGUCCGCGAAGACGACCGCGAGAUUAUGAGCGUCAUUGAAGGCUUGCCAUCUCUUCCAGCUCUGUCGCUCUGGAGCGGAAACCCGGGGGCCGAUGAGGCUUGCCGACGUGAUGAUCCUCGCAUUCCAUCCCGUGUGGUGGGUGAGGUUGUCGCUGCAGGCGCGCUUCAUGGCGGUGGUGCGGGGAUUUUCAACGGGUCGAGUCACCCUGCACCAGUCCCGUCGGUCGAGUGGCUCGUCCAGCAGCGAAAGAACCAAGACAGUCUGCUUGAGCAGUGCCGCAAGCACCUUCAGAGCCAGCCCCAGUUGUGGGGAGUGAAUCUGGCAUCGGCUAGUGGCGUCGCUGGUGCACCAGGCCUCUUCAGCCGUGGCGCAGGCCACACGUGCCAAGAGGCCGCCCGCGUCUCCUCCUCUGUGCCAGCAGGCAUUUCUCCCCCUCAGCAGGCACAGCUAACGAGUUCGAGCACUGGCGAUGGGGCGGGCGCAACUUCUCUCAAGGACCCCGUCCACCAGACCGAGUUGUACAGCUUAAUGAUGAAGGUUGCGAACGAACUGGCUCUGGCGUCCCCUCAAAGCGGCGACGGAAGCACCCAGAGUCUCGUCCUCCCGGCCGACGGGGCCGCGGCGGGCUCGCGAAGAGACGCUUCUUCGCUUACGCUGUUCUCAGGCGAAACCCAGCCGGGUCAAGAUGAAGCCAAGGGCGGGGCUGGGCCGCAGCGUCCGCCAGGUCUCGGCGAGGCCCCCCUUGGUGUGGACCACAGUGGAGAGAUACCUGGCUUUUUAUUGUCCUCCAGCCGCUUCGACGCGGGAAGUCUCUCCGAGGCAGGCAAGACCCUUCCGGGUGCCGCGUCGUUCGACGUUCAGAACUCUCUAUUUUUCUGCGGGAACAAGCAGGGCCCAAGCAGCGACCCCUUUGCGAUGUACUUGGGCGCACCGGGCCCUGUCGCCGGUCCGAACGGGCGACCAGGCACUAUAGGCGAAGGCAGUUCAGGCCGGGGGCGCCUCUCGGAUCUGCGUGCGAGUGUGGGUGGUCAUCUGGACGCCUUGGGCGAGGAGCGGCUGACUCGGGGCCUGUCGGGCGGGAUCGCGGACGGCGCCGGUCUGUCAGGGCCGACGCGCGAGAGCGUGGUGGCGGCGUGUCUCUCCGCCCAGAAGGCCCGCUCCGAAGCGCUGCGGGGACGUCCCGGCGCAGACGCGGGGGCGAGUCUCAGCGGUAACGGGGAUAUCGAUCACUUGCGAGGUUUAGUCGAGAGGUGGGUCGGUGUCAGCGAAGUUGCGAAUGCGAAACAGGCAGCAGACGCUGCGCCCGGUGCUCUAAGCGACUGUACAGGAGGUGCCAGAAGUGCCGGGACCAUUUCCGGUGACGAGCCGCGGUCUCACGGGGGCGUGCCCCGCCCGAGCUCAAGUGGCGCCCUCAGGGACGGCGUGAACAAGGACUUGGUCGAGUCGGACAUCACUUUCGGACCGUUUUCCACGAGCCCUGGACGACUCCAACCUUUCCAUCAGACGAAAGCCAGAGACGAAGUGGACUCUGUGUGUCGCCAGCGGCGCGUGGGGCUCCCCGGAGUCGAGGCACCGGCUCCACAGCUGACGUUUGGUAGAGGGACAGCGGCUGGACUAGGGCGUCUGGACGAGCAGUCUCUGCGUGCAGAGUUGAAUCGAUUCCCGACCGACAUUCGAGAGUUGCUUCUAGGUCACCUGGCAGCUGCCAAAGGUUCUGCUUCGGGGCGCGACUUGCGCGAGGGAUGCUCCUCGCUGGUGCGCGCCUCAGUGUCUCUUCCGUAUAACCUCGAGAAGGCUCAGAGCGGGUCGGGGUGCCCCCCCAUGAGUUGGGUCGUGCCUUCUCAAAUCAGCGAAAUGUCGACCUUAACAGGCCUCCCGCACAACUUGCUUCAGAGCUUCAUGUCCGAGACGCCGCCCGCCGGCGACGUGGCGGUUCGGUCGGCCGGUAACUCAAACGGCUUGCCUGGACACCUCCCUUCGUCUGUGUCCCUCCCCGAGCUCUAUUCCGCUGGAUCGGUGUCAGGUCCCCAGGCUGAGGCGCUCCACGCCGUUGUCGCCAAGUCCAAGGAGAUGCGCUGGCUCCAAGGACUCGAGACGUUUCUCGAACACCAGGCCAAAAAGGGAGGCGGCAGUGCACCAGAGGCUAUGGUUGCGGCAUUCGCCGCCGCGGGUGCUGUUGUGGGGCCCAUGCUCGGCGGGUCGGGCUCGGAGACAGCAGCACUCCGAGGGCGCCCCGGGGACGAACCCGCGCCGGCGCGUGGCGGAGGCCGCAUGGGCCGUGUCGCCACUGUCCCCGCGGACCUUGACACUUGCGCCACACCCGGUACGAAUAAAAGACCGGGUGCGAAUGGAGAUUUCAAUUCGGUGACCAGCAGUUUGUCCUGGUUGCGGGCAGGUCUAGGAAACAACAGCGAGACCGGGAACGGGCGCCGAGGAACUUUCUCGGCGGCCCCAGGUAAAAAGAAUGCAGGCCCUGAUCCGUCGCGACCAACUACCAAGGCUGGCGAUGAUGGUGUGGGCGGUCGACUUACUGCAGGAGAGGCGGCAACCGGCGAUGGCCGGAAUGGUAUUUCACGCUGCAGCAGCCCCAAGCCAGGCACUGCGGGUGGAAAUUUCCAGGGCGGUGCGCACAAUGGGCCGAGCGCGCAGCAAGGUCCGCAGUCCCGCCGGAAAGCUCCAAGGCCAUCCAAACGACAACGAGUGUUGAUCCGAGCUUUAGCGUACGUGAAACAACGCCUCCGAGUCCUUGAGGGUGAGAUGGCCCCGCUGCUGACGCAAACUGGUCUGGCUUCUGUUGUCCAGGACCAUGCCCCCGCUCCUUCGUCGGCUCCCUCUCCUCCGAAUUGGGCCCCAACCAGGUGACCUGGUGUCGGUGAUGUCCCGGUGACCGGACCGGAAAGUUGAAGAAAGAAAGUGCUCUGAAAGACUCCUCCUUCUCCUGAAGUUACUGGAUAAAUGUCGGGGUCUAUGUGGCUUUGCAGUUCAGGUUUGUCGAGCCACGAACGGUCGAUGAAGGAACUGUUGGAAGAACCGUGGCAGACGAGCGCGUGGAAGUCAAGGCGCGGUCAGUGCAAGCUAACGUGGCGCGACGCAUCAUUCAACUUUUUUAUAGCAUUCAAUGCACAGAAAAGCAAAAUGGAAAGUGGAACGUUUGGAUAGUCUUCCCGUUAGGGCUUUUUUUCCGUGCAAGGGGGUCACCAUUUCACUGUAGAGUGAAAUGAUGUGCAUCACGGUUGAAUCCGAAGAGCAAUGGAGAGCACAGCACUUGGCCACCCAGCCGAGCGCGGCAAGAACGUUCUCGCGGAGACCAUCCGUUGCAGGAGCCUGUCGCUGUUGUCUAUCUGAGGAGCUGAUUCUCUAACUCAUUCAAGCAAGGGCCAGGAGUGCGGCUUGUUGCAGACGACUCUCUUUCUCUCUCUGAGAGAUUGUCGCAGUUCUCGAGAGUAGAGUAUCUACUGCGCUGCUGUAUGGACCCAUGUUGCCGCUGUGUGGUGUAACGGCUGGAGCCCGUGCACCUGGUGUCCAAGUGAACUGUUCGUGAUGGAGCUACCACCACUAUCGAUAUGAGUCCAUGCACACCAGGACUCAAUCCUGAAUAGAUACGAAAACUGGAAAUCCAGUGCGCUGCUGAUCUGAGUGUCGAAACACACCGGCGCCAUAGCUGCAAGUUGUUGCGCCUUUGGUCUUGGGCCUCUUCAUACCCAGGUGGGUGUAUUUUGAUGGGGGGAAACGAGAUCGUCUUAUCUGCGAACAUACCCUGUGUGCUUUUCUCGUGCCAGAAACGGCUAGUGGUAUCAUUUUCCGCGGUUCACGGGGAAGUCGCCUUGUGGAGUUGCAGCCAUGUAGCAACGAAGCCUCGGAGCGACAAAUAGUAGGACGACCUAAACGCACGAGAAGUCCGAGGGUUGGGAUAACCGUGUGUAUGUUGCGUGUAGAUCCCUUUCUGUGAAAUCUAAAGGCUCAUCCAACGGUGCAUCCAUGGGGGGAGUCAUAUGGAGAAGCCAGCGAUUUCACAGCAAAAUGCAUUGUCGAUCGGUCCCGCACACGGAAGAGACUCGACGAUGUGGCAUUUACGUUUAAACUUUACGCUGAAUAUGUUUCAAUGUUGACUUGCUACAGAUCUUGGGAGCGAAGACAAAUUUAAUAUUUAACUCCGUUCAUGUAAAACAAAAAACCUUUCACUGACUGUAUUUAUGCCGUAGUUCCACGAUCUAAGGGUGAAACUGAACAUCCCGACGCAGAGUGGAUUACCCCGCAUUCGACGAUUUCAUAGUGUGCUACAGCGUGAAACACCGGUGUGGCCCAAACCAGUUCAUCAGGUUUGUAACUGCUUUCGUGGGCACUCCCGUUUUCGCAUUUUCGGCCCUUUUAAGUUAGAUCUUCACCGGAAGGACAGGGAGUACAGACAAGGCAGAGAACAGUUGAGGGCCAGAUGCGAUUGAAGGGUGACAUUGGGAAGCGACAAUAUCGUGCGUUUGUUAUCGGCCCUGUGUGUGGCCUGAAUGUCGAAAUAUCUUUCUCUAUAUCUUCUAUAAUUUUUUUCGAUGUCAGGUGGAUCAACACGGUGUAUUACACAUGUUGUGGCAUCGCGAUUUCAGUGUGUAACCCUCUUCCAUGAUGUUCCUUUGCGUUUUGCUUCUUUUAUCAUGAAACGUACCUGCGUGGCUUGCGGACGUCAGUGCCUCAGAAGGCACUUGUUUCUGGCGGAAACAGUGAAGCGUGGAGUGAACAUAUGAGAGCCCUGGGUUCACCGUCUACUGUCGCCAUUAAAAAUAUCGGGGGGUGGAUGGGUUACUGA